UACGGCGUCUGCUAUGGGACAUGCUAUGAUUUACCAUGACAAGUAAUGCUUUUGUCGUCUUUUAAUCACAGCGAAUGACUUGUGAACAGCCAUCUGAGGGGGUUAUACAUCCAAAUGGCCUGAGGAUUUAGUUGUGUGAAGUAACGCAGUAAAGUGAGUUGUUGCUAGGCUGUAACGUAAAGUAACGGUAGUUUGUGGCCGCAGGCAACGUCGGACUUUUUUUUUUUUUUUGGGAACAAUUCAGCCCAUCCGGUGAGUGAGUCUCUAACCGGUCCCUGAAUCAAUAACUUAUUCAUUAACACACAAGAAACAGGAGAAUGAAGCGCAGUAUCAAAAGCAGCCCUCCACUGCAGGAUGUUAUGCUGCUCAUUCACCAACGUUAGCAUGCUCUUAAAGAGAAUUACUGGCGUAUAAACGGGGCCAAGUAUCCUACAGCAGGUCCCGGAAACUGGAAGGACUUUGGUAAACAAAACGUGAGGAGAACAAGCUCCUUGGAGGUCUGCUUGUGCAUUUUCUGUCCCAGGCAGCAGCCAUGGAGACGGAGGUGAGCAUGGAGUAUUUGCUGGAGCAGGUGAUGCAGAAGGACCUGGGGAAGAGGCUCCAGGUGGGCCAGGAGAUCAUGGAGCUCAUCCUGGACGAGGAGAAGUCCCCCGACAUGGAGCGGGACCAGACCCUGCUAGACAGGAUGGUGGACACAGUGGCCAGCUCCUGGGUCAACUCCAGCAACUUCAAGGUGGUUUUAUUUGGGAUGGACAUCCUGUCCGCUCUGGUCAGCCGACUGCAGGAGAGAUUCAGGACGCAGGUGGGAACAGUCCUACCGAGCCUCAUCGACCGGUUAGGAGACGCCAAGGACCAAGUUCGAGACCAGGACCAAGCGCUGCUGCUGAAGAUUAUGGACCAGGCUGCUAACCCACAGUAUGUGUGGGAGCGAAUGAUGGGAGGCUUCAAGCAUAAGAACAACAGGACCAGAGAAGGACUCUGCCUCUGUCUCAUCUCCACCCUCAAUGUGUUUGGGUCUCAGAGUCUGACGCUCAGUAAAAUUGUUCCUCACAUCUGUAACCUCCUCGGAGAUCCCACAAGUCAGGUGCGUGACGGAGCCAUGAACUGCCUCGUGGAGAUCUACCGCCACGUCGGAGAACGAGUGAGAAUGGACCUGGGAAAGAAGGGUCUGCCUCAGUCGCGGCUAAAUGUCAUCUUCAGUAAAUUUGACGAAGUUCAGAGGUCAGGGAACAUGGUCCUUUCACCUGUGUCAGAUAAAAACUUUGAGGAUGAAGACUCGGGGGACGGCGGCCGCUCCUCGUCCUCUUCCAAAGGAGCCUCGCUACCUGGGAAGAAGACGGUGAGCAUGGGUUCAUUUCGACGCCCCGCCUCCGCCUCCAGCACCAAGUCUGCAGGGAGGGACGGGUCUGGUGCUGGAGCUGUGGACGAAGAGGACUUCAUCCAGGCCUUUGAGGACGUCCCCACAGUGCAGAUCUACUCCAACAGGGAGGUUGAGGAUGCCAUGACGAAGAUCCGAGACGUGCUGUCAGACGAUAAGAGGGACUGGGAGCUCCGAGUGGCAGCUCUGAAGAAGGUGCGUUCGCUGCUCCUGGCCGGCGCGGUGGAGUUUGACGGGUUUCCGCAGCAGCUCCGGCUGAUGGAGGCGGCGUUCAAACUGUCCGCAAAGGACCUCCGCUCUCAGGUGGUCCGAGAGGCGUGCCUCACUCUCAGCCACCUGUCGUUGGUGCUGGGCAGCCGGUUCGACCACGCGGCAGAGGCCAUCAUGCCGACCCUCCUCAACCUGGUCCCCAACAGUGCCAAAGUCAUGGCUACCUCCGGCAUCGCCACCGUCCGCCUCAUCCUCCGACACACACACUACCCUCGCCUUAUCCCCAUCAUCACCAGCAACUGUUCCUCCAAAUCUGUGGCUGUGAGACGGCGCUGCUUUGAGUUCUUGGACCUGCUGCAGCAGGAGUGGCAGACGAGCUCUCUAGAGAGACAUGGAACAGUGUUGAUGGAGACGAUAAAGAAAGGGAUCCACGAUGCCGAUGCAGAGGCUCGCUCUGUGGCCAGAAAGUGCUACUGGAGUUUCCACGGCCACUUCAGGCGGGAGGCGGAUCAGCUGUUCCAGGGCCUGGAGGCGUCCUAUCAGAAGGCUCUGCAGGCCCAUGUGAGGACCGGAGACAGCCUGGUGUCGCUGCCCGCCUCGGAUCGCUCCUCCUCCUCCUCCCAGGAGAGCCUCAAUCGACCGCUGUCUGUAAAAAACACCUUUGGAAGCGGGACAACAAGAUCCAAAGCCUCCCACACCAGGCCUCCUGCUGCAGCCUCUUCUCCCGGCUCCCUGCAGCGCUCUCGCAGCGACGUGGACGUCAACGCGGCGGCCUCCGCCACCGCCACCGCCCGCACCAGGAUGCCCGCCGUGUCCUCCGCCAUGCAGCCGUCGGCUCCACCCUUCAGCUCGGCCUCGGCCCUCCCCCCCGGGUCCUACGCUUCGCUGGGUCGAGUACGAACCAGAAGAACGAGUUCGGGAACCGGUCCGUCUGUGACAGACACCCGGGGAAGAAGCCGAGGGAAAGUGGUCUCGCAGUCUCAACCCGGCAGUAGGUCAGGUUCUCCGGGCCGCCUGCUAAGCUCCACGUACGGCAGGAUCCCGAGGACCACCAUGGGCACCGCCCCCCCCCCCACCACCACCAGCACCAGCAGCAUCACUUCCACCGGCCUGAACGACAAGAGCCGGCCCCGGGGUCACCGUAGCCAUGGCUGCAGCCGAGAGACCAGCCCCACCAGAUCAGGAACGGACCGUCUGUCUCAUCAGGCUCGGAUCUCGGCGUCCGUCAACGCCAUGAAAAUCCUCAACACCGGCACCGACGUGGAGGCGGCCGUCGCGGACGCUCUGCUCUUAGGAGACUCGAGGAGUAAGCGGAGGCCGGUGAGGCGGCGCUUCGAGUCUCCGGGGAUGUACUCGGACGACGACGCCAACAGCGACGCCUCCAGCGCUUGCUCCGAGCGCUCGUACGGCUCGCGCAACGGCGGCGCGGCGCCGCACUACCUGCGUCAGACGGAGGACGUGGCCGAGGUGCUGAACCACUGCGCCAGCGCCAACUGGUCUGAGAGGAAGGAGGGUCUGCUGGGCCUGCAGAACCUGCUCAAGAGCCAGAGGAUGCUCAGUCGCGUGGAGUUGAAGAGGCUUUGUGAGAUCUUCACCAGGAUGUUUGCAGAUCCUCACAGCAAGAGAGUCUUCAGCAUGUUCCUGGAGACUCUGGUGGACUUCGUCACGCUGCACAGGGACGACCUGCAGGACUGGCUCUUCGUCCUGCUCACCCAGCUGCUGAAGAAGAUGGGCGCCGACCUGCUGGGCUCCGUCCAGGCCAAAGUCCAGAAGGCCCUAGACGUCACCAGAGAUUCCUUCUCGUACGAGCAGCAGUUCAACAUCCUGAUGCGGUUCAUCGUGGACCAGACCCAGACCCCCAACCUGAAGGUGAAGGUGGCCAUCCUGCGCUACAUCGAGGCUCUCGCCCGCCAGAUGGACCCGGGCGACUUCGUCAACUCCAGCGAGACGCGGCUCGCCGUCUCUCGCGUCAUCACCUGGACCACCGAGCCCAAGAGCUCCGACGUCCGCAAGACCCUUCAUAGCUGGGCAGGGGAGGAUCUCUCAGGCCGACCCAACACCGUGGCCUCUCUGCCUGGGGAGGGCAACCUGGAGGAGAGGUGCAAGCAGGUAGAACCUCCAUCAGACCGCAUGAGCAGAGGGAGGAACCUUCUCUUAACUCUCAGAAACAGCCCGGGAGCAGCUGCUCAUCCACAGUCUGGACUGAAAACUAAAGGGGACAGAGGGUUUGGUAUCAGGGCCCCCGGGGCUCUGGACCAGCCUGCCCGAGGAGACCAGGCGUCUCCCGGUAACUCGGCGGGUCGCACCCCCCCGCGGCCGCCCAGCAGCCGCAGCAGCCCGCUGACCUCGCCCACCAACUGCUCCCAUGGGGGUCUUUCUCCCAGCAUGCUGGAGUACGACAGUGAAAACCUGAACUCGGAGGAGAUCUACAGCUCUCUCCGCGGCGUCACCGAGGCCAUCCAGAACUUCAGCUUCCGCAGCCAAGAGGACCUGAUGGAGCCGCUGAGGCGGGACGGCAAGAGGGACGCCGUGUCCGGAGUCGGGGCGUCCUCAGAGCUCGGCGGUGAGGUGGUAGGUGGAGGACGCACAGCCCUGGACAACAAGACAUCUCUGCUGAACACGCCAUCGCCGCGCUCCUUUGCCGGCCCUCGCUUCAGAGACUACAACCCGUACAACUACACGGACAGCAUCAGCACACUGGACAAAGCUGCCCUGAAGGAGGCGCUGUUUGAGGACGCCGUGGAGCAGCUGCGGGACGGCAGCAGACAAGAAUGUGUGGAAAACAAGAUCGUGAACCCCAAAAGCUUCCCUGCCGUCCCUGCCGAGCAGCUGCAGCUGGUCGGGGAGCUGCUGAAGGAGCUCUCCCAGGGCCAGGCCGGGGACCGGGGCCCCGAGGACCGACGGGGGACUCUGCUGGAGCUGCUGAAAGUGGCCCGAGAGGACAGCCUGGUGGUGUGGGAGGAACACUUUAAGACAAUGCUGCUGCUGCUGCUCGAGACGCUGGGGGACAAAGAUCACACGAUCCGGGCGCUGGCCCUGCGGGUCCUGAAGGAGAUCCUGAGGAAUCAGCCGGCCCUCUUUAAGAACUACGCUGAGCUUACCAUCAUGAAGACGCUGGAGGCUCAUAAGGACAUGCACAAGGAGGUGGUGCGUGCAGCGGAGGAGGCGGCCUCCACCCUGGCGGCCUCCAUCCACCCGGAGCAGUGCAUCAAGGUCCUCUGUCCCAUCGUGCAGACUGCAGACUACCCCAUCAACCUGGCCGCCAUCAAGAUGCAAACGAGGGCCAUUGAACGCAUCGCCAAGGAGCCGCUGCAUCAGCUGCUCUCUGACAUCAUACCUGGACUCCUGCAGGGCUACGACAACACGGAGAGCAGCGUGAGGAAGGCCAGCGUCUUCUGCCUGGUGGCCAUCUACUCCGUGAUCGGAGAGGAGCUGAAGCCGUACCUCGCUCAGCUGACCGGCAGCAAGAUGAAGCUGCUGAACCUGUACAUCAAGAGGGCGCAGACCUCCACCAGCAACAGCAGCAGCUCCUCCGACAUCUCGUCCUACUAACACCAACACCACCUUCCUUACGCUUCAGUCAUCUAGAUUUUCAUCAUCUCCCCAUCCAACUUUCCCCAAUUCUUCCCAUUUCAUUCCUUCAGUCGAUGAAGCUGAAGUCUUCUCCGUGGCUCCAGAUUCUGGACCAUCUUCUUGAAAGCGUAGCUGGUUUUAGGGUGGACAGGUUUGCAGGUUUUGAUGACGAACCAGACCCCUCUUUUCUCUUCCACACUAACUAGAGUCAUGAGCCUUAAAACUUGAUCUUCCUUCGAUGCACGGAGGAACCAAGGUGAUCGUAGAAACCAUUCUCCUCUCCUCAUUUCACCAUCUUCUUAGUCAUUCGGGUCUGAAGUGAUCCUGAAAAACACUUAAAGGUCCUUCAGCUUUUACUUUUCAUCUCCUCUAACUCAUAAGAGGUGAAAUUGAGGAAAAGUUCAUGUUUUUCCCUCCUCUCAUUGCAGGAGGAACCCUGUAGCUAUCAGUAUUUUUAUUAAUUUUUAGUACCUUUAAUCCACUUCUUUGAACUAUUGUUUGCUUUGACACAUCAAACCUUAUUGUACAUUGAAUGUAAAGAGCUUUGAAUGCAUCUUACCUGUAUAUGUCCUACCUGAACUACUGCCUCAUUGCACCCGCUGGGUCAAUCUUAAAGGUCUGGGGAUGUUUUCCGGUUAGAAAAGUGCAAAGAAAAUGUUAAAAAAGUGGCACAAUAGUCUUUAAAAAGGCUGAAUUCAAGAAGAAGAUUAAUAAGUCGAAAAUAAAGCGCUUUGAUUUAGAGAUUCGACACCUUUUGAUGAGUAGAGCAGUUUGAAUGUAACGUUCCUACACUUAUUAAAAGAAUAGCAACGUGGGAAAUCCAAUUUAAUGUUAGUUUACAUUAAAUGAUCAUUUGGCGGGCCAAUGAUUUUAAGCACUACGAUGAUUUUAUUAUUUUGGGCCCAACUACCAGCAGAAGAUAGAUGGAUCAGUGUUAUUUAAA